GUCUCUCAGGGGAGGGGCCGGGGCGGGCCGGGGCGGGGCGAGCCUUGUGUUUGUUGCUCCGAGUCAGUUACAUUGUAACAAAAGUGGUGCAGGGGCUGCUAAGGCUAGCAUCUCAGGCCUUCUCGCCGCUGGCUGUCGCCGACAUGGAGCCGGUGGCCAGCAACAUCCAGGUCCUGCUGCAGGCGGCGGAGUUCUUGGAGCGCCGUGAGAGAGAGGCGGAGCAUGGCUACGCGUCCCUGUGUCGGCACUACGGUCCUGGCACUGUCUACCGGAGGAGGAAGCGACCCCUGCAAGCUCCUGGCUGUCUGGACAGUGGGCGGUCUGUGCACAAUGAGCUGGAGAAACGUAGGCCAGUGAGGUGGGGUUGGCACUGUCCUCCAGACCCUUUCCCCUGCAGGAGGGCCCAGCUGAAGCGCUGCCUGGAACAGCUAAAGCAGCAGAUGCCCCUAGGGGUUGACUGUUCUCGAUACACUACACUGAGCCUCUUACGACGUGCCAGGACACACAUCCAGAAGCUGGAGGAGCAGGAGCAGCGGGCUCAACGGCUCAAGGAGAAGCUGCGCAGCAAACAGCAGAGCCUGCAGCAGCAGCUGGAGCAGCUCCAGAGGCUGCCAGGAGCUGGAGAGCGGGACCGGCUGCGGGCUGACAGUCUGGACUCUUCCUGCCUCUCCUCUGAGCGGUCUGAUUCUGAACAAGAAGAGAAAGAAGAAAGCAGAUGCCUUGAGAACACCUGUCAGAGAUGCCUGUCCUGGAAUCUACCAAGCAGAGGCAGUGUCUUUCAGUCGUCUGAGGUGACUUCAGAUAGUGCUGGGCAGAGGAAAAUGCCAACUUACUUUGUGACCUUGAAGGACAUAACUUUCUGAGCCUUCCAUCUCUCAAAGUUACAGAAGUAGAGAAAGAAUUCUCUGAAAACUUGCAGGGUAUUCACAUAUAAAAAGAUGCUGUGUAACAUUCAUUAAACAUGGAUUUUUCAAGCUUUUGAAUAGGCCAAAGGUAUCUGUAAUAUGUUUCUCCCAAACCUCAGGCAGAAAUCCUAUUAGGUGAAACUGAACUGUGGAACUUGUCAAGUCAGAGUGGGGCUAGGGUCCCAGAGCUUCAGCUCAUAAGGCACACCCAAGGUAUCUUUGGCUUGAUAGACUUCCAAAUGAAAGUCACUGCCUCCUUUCCUCCCUCAGCAUUGUUCCUCUCACCCAACCAGUAUGUCAUACACAACCAGAGCAUUUAGUGCAUAGUGUUUGCAACAAUUCUGAAAAAAAGGUGCCUUUCCCCAUCAUAUGAACAAGGAACAGGUCCAGAGAGGCUGAAAAAAAUCAUCUGAGAUAGUACUCUAUAGUCACUGCUCUUCAGUGUCCUAGACCUACCUCAGGAUACAAAAGUUUCCUCACAACUUUCUAACCUUAGUUCCAAAGAGCAACUAUUCUAGGGAA